AUGGGGCUUCUCAGCACCUUCUUGGCCUUCUUUCAAUCGCACUUUUUCCUCACGCUCCCAGUCCCUAGAAAAUCUUUUGCCGGCCAGACAAUCAUCGUGACGGGUUCCAAUACAGGCUUGGGACUUGAAGCAGCACGUCACCUCGUGCGCCUAGAGGCUGCCAAGGUCAUCCUCGCGGUCCGCAGCAUCGAAAAGGGCAAUGUCGCCAAAGCCUCAAUUGAAGCCUCGAGCGGUCGCAAAGGGGUUGUCGAAGUUUGGGAGUUAGAUCUCGCACAGUAUGCAUCGGUCAAGGCCUUUGCCGACAGGGUCAACACCACGCUCGAGCGCCUUGAUGUUGUGGUCGAGAACGCCGGGGUUUUGACGCAGAAAUGGAGCAUGGCUGAGGACAAUGAAACCACCAUUACGGUCAACGUGGUCAGCACCUUUUUGCUGGCCCUGCUGUUGCUGCCAAAACUGAGAGAGACGUCGACCCGCUUCCUCAAGGAUGUUGUCCUGACAUUCACGGGGAGUUUUGUCCACUGGAUCACCUUGUUUCCAGAGAGGAAGGCGGAUCGCAUCUUGGAAGAGACUGCAAAGAAAGAAAAGGCAAGGCUCUGGGACAGAUAUAAUGUUUCAAAACUCAUGGAGACACUCAUCUUUCGUGAGUUCUCACAGAAGGUCUCAGCAUCCCCCAAGCCAGGGAGCAUCGUCACUUCCAUAUUAAACCCCGGAGUCGUGGUCACAGAUCUGAAUCGAGAGGUCCAACGCGGCAUUCUGGGUAUCCCUCGCCGUAUCUUUAUGCGUGUAAUAGGUCGCACCCCCGAAGAAGGAAGCCGGACGCUUGUUCACGCAGCAGAAGGUUCACCACAGACAAAUGGCCAAUACCUGGAUGACUGCCGAGCUGGAGAGUAA